CGUGACUUCGCACCACGUGACCAGCAAUAAAAAUCCAUGGCGGCGCACUGCUCAGUAGGACUCGCCGCAAGAUCAGGUCUGGGUGGUUUCCUGCGGAGAGCUUGUUGUUUACGAAGCUGUGGUCCCCCCACAGCCCUGCUGUGUCAGCAACAUCGGCACUUCUUCUGGAGGAAGUGGAGUCAUUCUCACAAUGUAGUUCGCCCAGCUUCUGUUAGGCCUGCCUAUGCAGUUCCCAAGCACAUUGUGCGGCCUGACUAUGUUGGCACUGGCCAGGUCCCAGAAUGGCCCAACUACAUCGAGAUCAAAGACCAAGAGCAGAUUGAAGGCCUUACCAGAGCAUGUCAGCUAGCCAGACAUGUACUGCUACUAGCUGGACGCAGCCUGAGGGUUGGUAUGACAACAGAUGAAAUAGACUUCAUCGUUCACCAGGAGACAAUCAAGCACAACGCCUACCCAUCCCCUCUCAGAUACGGGGGUUUCCCAAAGUCUGUGUGUACAUCUGUGAACAAUGUGGUCUGCCAUGGUAUACCUGACAGUCGGCAACUUCAAGACGGAGACAUCAUCAACGUUGAUGUCACUGUGUAUUUGGAUGGUUACCAUGGUGACACCUCAGAAACCUUCUUGAUUGGUGAGGUGGAUGAGGUUGGGCGGCGACUGGUGGAAACUGCCAGGCGCUGCCGAGAUGAGGCCAUCGCUGCCUGCAAGCCGGGUGCACAGCUCUGUGUCAUAGGAAACACUAUUAGUGAAAUCGCCCACGCCAAUGGCUUCCAUGUGUGUCCGUAUUUCAUUGGACAUGGAAUAGGCUCCCACUUUCACUGCCACCCUGAGAUCUGGCACCACGCUAAUGACAAUGACAUGACCAUGGAUGAAGGGAUGUCUUUCACAAUAGAGCCCAUAGUGAUGGAGGGGACUACAGAGUUUAGAAUCCUGAAGGACAAGUGGACCGCAGUGUCUGCAGACGAUAAAAGGUCGGCUCAGUUCGAACACACCGUGGUCAUCACAUCUGACGGAGUGGAUAUUCUCACCAAACUGCCAGAGGAGAGCAAUCAGUGACCUGAAGGAAUCUUAACUGCUGAUCCUGACAUCGACUGUUAGAGAUCUAUUUACCUCAGACAGGAUCUAAACUACCUUUUGUGUUCACAAAACACUGUUACAGAAACUUGAAUGGUGAUUCACCGAGACAUAUUUUAAAUGGGCAUGUUGUCUUCCUGUAAAGUGUAUAAAAAGAAUUAAGUUAAUUGUAAGUAGGGAUUACACACAUACAGUAUCUGUAUAUUCAGUUUGACUAUGGUGUUUUUUCACCCUUGAUUGGAGCAUAUACAGAGAAAAAUGGCGGUUGGUGCAUCUCAUGGCAGAAGUGGAGCUCUGUGCAUAUCAUGAGUGGUUAUAAUGACAGGAUAAGAGAUCCUUGUCUUCUCCAAAUUAUAGUGUAUUCUUUUUGAGCCAACAUGUCAUGUAACAGUUAAAUCGGAGCAACAUUAGUAAGGCCUCGGCCAGGAUUUGAGAAAUACUGAGGUCAUGAGUCCAAAUUCCCUGGCACAACCCAAUCUACAUAAGACACUAAAGACUUGCCAUCAACCACACUGUAAAAAGUUCUCAUUGUUUCACCUGUUACGUAUUCAUUUAACUGUUUAAUCAUAUUCUCUGUAUUAGUUAUCUCACAUCAUCCAAGUCAGUGGUUCCCAGCCUCUUUACACAAGGGACCCCUUUUUUUUUUAUCAUUGAGUAAACUGUUGACCCCUGACUAAGUGACAUGUUUUAUGGGUAUUAUCACUGCAUAACAAUAACAGUACAGAACAACUGAUUAACAGUGCAGUAGAGCUUUUUCACAGCAAACAUUUUGACAUGUCAUACUAGAAAGAGUACAGGUGUAUUUAAUAACAUUAACGAUAGCUGCAUUCCAAUUAAGGGAGGCCCUGGUAUUGCCCAUGCUGGCUCACUGGAAUAGUUUGUUGGCACACUUCAUGGGACUAUGCCAUUGUUAAUAUUAUUUUCACCUGUGCUUUUCCUGCUAUGACAAGUCUAAAUGUCUGUUGUGAGAAAGGUCCAUUAAACCAAAUAAUGAACUCAGUAACUCCAGGUGGUUUGUGUAAAAUGAUCAUUUUGGAGUAUUCCUAUUAUAAUAUUGCAUCAGCGAUGAGUUUUCCUGGUACUUUUAGGAAGUUGUACAAUUCUCUAUCAGAGCAUAGAAGCAAAUAAACCAUAAUGAAAAAAAGCAAUAAACUGAGGUAAAUAAAAAUAACAGUAUUAACAUGACAUGUAAGUAAACUUGUCAGAGUCCAACCAUACAACUGAUAAAUGUCCACUCACAAUCCAUAAAACAUGAGUGUCAGAAUAGUAUCCAUAUAAAUAUUUCUUCCGGCUGCACCAUCGCCACAUCCACCCUCCUGCACUCAUAACAAUCCCAACAAGAGCUGUACGCACUACUGACAACAUGACUGUAUGUUUAAAACUACACAUAACAUUUUGUAACAAAUAUACCAAUAUACGCACAACAUGUAUAUCAUGAGUCUGGUAUCUCCUGUUUAUUAUUAUAUUUUUAUACCUCAUUUAUUAAGCUAUAGGAUUUGUUUUGGGGUUUUUUUUGUUUGUUUUUUCAAAAACCCUACUUCCUUUAUAGGCUUCUUUAUCCCCAAAUUCAGAGGUCGUUAAACAGCAAUUGAAGACUGUGAAUAUAUCUUGUCUUCAGGUCUUUGCUGUGCCCUUAUUCUGUGAGUUUAUAUCUUAAAUAAUAAUCUCAACUGUGAAAAGUUUUAGUUUUCUUCACAGACAUGAAUGAAACACGCACAAAAAGUGGCGACUCCCUCAUAAUUCAUAUAUAAUUCAAAACCAAAAUUUUAGUAAUACAAGUUGAUUGUAUUGCCUGUCUUUGCAGUGCAGCAGUUUUGUGUGACAUGAAUUAAAAGCCUGUCUCAUAUAGAUGCUUGUCACAGAUAUAAGAUGGUUUAUUUCAGUGAUUUGAACAAAUAAUAGCCUGGUCUAUUAAUUGUAAGUUUACAGUAUUAAAGAACAAAAAUU